AUGGAAGGGACACCAAACCAAAUCAACGCGUACAGGGUGCCCAAAAUCCCACCUUUCUGUGCAAACGAUCCAGAAGUAUGGUUCGCCAUGGUAGAAGCGUCCUUCCAGGUAGCAAAAGUAACAGACGACACGACUAGAUUUCACAUUAUACUAGCGAACGCGGAUACCGCAAUUCUUCCUCAUAUCAAAGAUUUAAUUAUGAAUCCCCCUACGAACGGAAAAUAUGACGCUAUAAAGGAACGCAUACUAAAUGUUUUUUCUAUUUCUCAAGGCGCUAGACUACGUCAGUUAUUAAAAGGACAGGUUCUCGGCGAUAAAAAACCAUCUCAUUUACUGCAGGAGCUCAAGAAUUUAGCCGGGGACCAAGCUACCGACAGUAUCAUUAGGACAUUGUUCAUCGAACAACUUCCGGAGAGUUAUCGCACUAUUUUGGCGACGAUCGAAGAGUCUGACCUCAAUAAACUCGCAUCAAUAGCAGAUAAGAUAGCAGAAUCAGUGUCAUCAAAUAACACGUUAGCUCCCAUAAACAGCUCAAAAACCGAGGACUCAGCAGGUAACUACGUUCCUCAAACUAGUUCUAUUAAUAAGACGCCUGAGCAUUCGCUCUUAGAGCAGUUAGUUCAAGGCAUGAACACCCUGCUACGCGAAAGAAAAUCUCGUACACGAUCUAAGUCGCCAAGUAACUCCCGUCAACCGAUGAGAAGACGUAACCACUCUCGUAGUGCGGACGGAAAAUGUUUUUAUCACCGUAAGUUCGGCAAUAAGGCAUACCGAUGUCAACAGCCAUGUAAUUGGAUCGACGGAAAAACAACCCAGGAAAACUAA